AUGGCUCCAGCGAAGAAAGGUAAAGCGAAGGCAAAGUCAAACUCGGCCGAGUCAACUCAGUCAAAAUCCACAGCUCCAACGCCUCAAAACAAUUUCCCGUCUUGCAUACGUGCAGUGCCUCCUUCCUCUGUCGCCAUCGCCGUCCAUGCCAAACCCGGCUCCAAAUCCGCCUCCAUCACUGAUGUCAGUGAUGAAGCGGUGGGAGUGCAAAUAGAUGCACCAGCUAAAGAUGGUGAAGCUAAUGCUGCACUUCUUGAUUACAUUAGCUCUGUGUUAGGGGUGAAACGAAGGCAAGUAUCUAUAGGCUCUGGUUCUAAAUCAAGAGACAAGGUGGUGAUUGUGGAGGAGGUAACUCCACAAAAUGUUUUUGAUGCUUUGGAGAAAGCAUCCAAGUGCUAA